UCAAUCCAAUAGUACAACUUACUACUGCAGAUCUGUCUGUGUCACAUAUCAACAACACACAGUGUUUACUAAUUCUGUCACUAACUUUAGUCAAAACCUCAAAGCUACAACCCCAACUCACCCAAACAAUCUCAAUCCAAACUUCACAAUGCUAAACCAUAAACGACACGUCGUUUUCCUCUCCCUCACCACUCUUCUUCUCCUCUCUUCAUUCUCUCUCACUCUCUGCGAAAAAGCCUCUAAAAACGACGAAGAUGAAGAUCUCAGCUUCCUCGAAGAACCAGAAGACGACGCAUCAACAACACACCACGACCACGGCAAUUUCCCAGAUCCCGAUCAAUUCGAAGACGACGACGAAGACUUCGGCGACGGUGAUUUCUCCGGCUUUGAUCCUAACUCGGAAGAGUUCAAUGAACCAGAAGUGGAUGACAAAGACGUCGUCGUUUUGAAGGAGCGAAAUUUCACAACAGUAAUUGAAAAUAAUAAAUUCGUGAUGGUUGAAUUCUAUGCUCCAUGGUGUGGUCAUUGUCAAGCUCUGGCGCCGGAGUAUGCUGCAGCAGCCACUGAGUUGAAGAACGAGGGUGUUGUUUUGGCUAAGGUGGAUGCUUCUCAGGAAAAUGAAUUGGCUCAUGAGUAUGAUGUUCAAGGUUUUCCUACUGUUUACUUUUUCAUCGAUGGAGUUCAUAAACCUUACAAUGGCCAAAGAACCAAAGAUGCUAUAGUGACAUGGAUUAAGAAGAAGAUAGGACCUGGUGUAUACAACAUAACUACAUUGGAUGAUGCUGAACGCAUAUUGACCUCGGAAACUAAAGUUGUUUUGGGCUUCCUUGAUUCUUUAGUUGGUGCUGAGAGUGAUGAGCUAGCUGCAGCAUCAAAACUUGAGGACGGCGUAAACUUUUACCAAACUGUGAUUCCUAAUGUGGCUAAGCUUUUCCAUAUUGACCCAAAUGUCAAGCGCCCUGCUCUGGUCUUGCUCAAGAAAGAGGAGGAGAAACUGAACCAUUUUGAUGGCCAAUUUGAAAAAGCUGCAAUAGCCAACUUUGUAUCCUCCAACAAGCUUCCAUUGGUCUCAACUUUUACAAGGGAAAGUGCCCCGGUGAUUUUUGAAAGUCCAAUUAAGAAACAGUUGUUGCUGUUUGUGACUAAAAAUGAUACAGCAAAGUUCAUUUCAGUAUUUCAAGAAGCAGCAAAGUUUUUCAAGGGGAAGCUGGUCUUUGUUCACGUGGAAAUGGAUAAUGAAGAUGAUGGAAAGCCUGUUGCAGAUUAUUUUGGUAUCUCUGGGAAUACUCCCAAAGUACUUGCAUUCACCGCAAAUGAUGCCAGAAAAUUUUUGCUUGAUGGAGAGGUGACCGUUGACAAUAUUAAGGCAUUUGGAGAAGAUUUCCUUGUAGACAAGCUAAAACCUUUCCUCAAGUCAGAUCCAAUUCCUGAAAGUAAUGAUGGUGAUGUGAAAAUAGUUGUUGGCAAUAACUUCGACGAAAUUGUAUUGGAUGAAUCGAAGGAUGUUCUACUUGAGGUUUAUGCUCCCUGGUGUGGCCAUUGCCAAGCCUUGGAACCAGCAUACAACAAGCUAGCAAAACAUCUUCAUAGCAUUGAUUCUAUUGUAAUAGCCAAGAUGGAUGGAACAACAAAUGAGCAUCCUAGGGCAAAGUCUGAUGGGUUCCCUACUCUCCUCUUUUACCCAGCAGGAAAAAAGAGUUCUGACCCUAUUACUGUUGACGCGGAUCGCACAGUGGUGGCCUUUUAUAAGUUCCUCAAGAAACACGCAUCAAUCCCAUUCCAACUCCAGAAACCAACCUCAACUUCUAAAACCAAGGAUAGUGGGAGUUCUGAUGUCAAGGAGAGUCAAAGUAGCAGCACAGAUGUGAAGGAUGAAUUAUGAGAGGUAAAGGACAGUUCUAUUUAUAGAGGUAUGACUUAAAUGAUAAGAGGAGUUACUGGCUGCUCAGCAAAGAAAAUUGCACAAUGGUUGAGUGAGAAAAGCCUUCUACUUUCCCUAACCUGGCCAAAAGAUAAAAUAGCUAAAGAGAGGGAAGUGGAAAAGUGAUAUAUAUGUAUUAGCGUCUUCAACUUCAAAUAUUUUUGUAUUAGAAUUUUGUGAGACUGAACUAAAAAGUGGCCCGAAAUUUUACUUUGUAAGCCAUCUAUUUAUUUUUUGUAUUAGAUUGUUGGUUUCUUUUAUCCUUA